AUGGGAAGCCUACGAACUACAGAUGAAUUAAAGGAAGAAAAUGAAGUAGUUGAUCAGGUUUGUCGAAUACAGAAAUUCGAAUCUUCCCUUCAAAAAGGCCAUCCUGAUUUUGUACAUCUUUCACAACUUGCCGUUGAAUUGAUCAGUAAACUUGACAACUCAAAUGAAGAAGAUGCUAAUCAAAUUCGACAGCAAAUUGAAACAGUAACGCAGCGUUGGGAUAAUAUUGUUGCUCGAAUUGAUGAACAUUCCCAUAUGUUAGUGAGAAGUGGAAAAGCUGAAGCACGACAGCUUCGAUCUGAUGAUGGCAAUAAAGAGGAUUAUGGCACUGUUGACACCAAUGAAGAUUAUUGUCUGAAGAUGGACAAUCAGCUGGAAAGUCAACCAUUGUCGACAGUACAGUUUACCCCACAAAAAACAAUCGACCCGAUAGUUUCUUCCUCACCAACUCCUUCCGUCAAUACAGUAAUUUCAUCAGUUGAUGUUUUCAUUGCAAAUGUAAAUCAAAUUACUGAGGAAUUAAAACCAUUACUUGAAUGGACAUAUCAAAUUAAAAUCACUCGAAAUCCGAAUGAACUCCAAAGUUUCAUACAAAUUUGUCAGGAUAAGCUGAAGGAAAUUAAAGAAAAAGAAGUCGAAGUAAACACAUUGCGUGAAGAAUUGGAUCGGAUUCAUAAUUCGGAUAUUUCUAUUUCUCAAUUGCAACUUGCGGACGAUUCAUUUCAAAAUUUCACUCAAAUUUGGUCUGAUAUUACUACCAAAAUAUCAGAUGCAUUAAAUUCCAUAUCAAUGCAAAGUGCCUUAAUUGGCGCUGAAAAUGAUGAAGAAAUGGAACGAAUAACAAAACAAUUAAUUGAAUUUUUUGAAAAAUCCGAAAGUGUUGUUUCGAAUUGCGCUCAAAUAUCGUUAAUUGAACGUGAAGAACGUGUGACUAAGUUACAGAAGCAACUGCAAGAACAGGAUGAGAAUAUCAGAUUUCUAGAGGUCAAUCAUUCUAAUAAAGAACAAAUUGGAGAUUUAAAGAAACGUCUGGCGAAGCUGAAAGAAUCCGUGGAAAAAUUGAUAGAAAAAAAUCCAAUUAUCGAAUGUUUCGAGAAUUACUUACGUUCCACAUUUCCAUGUGCUGGUGAUAUCAGUACGUUAACUAGCGAACUUGAACGUUGUGAUGAAUUACUCAAAGAAUUGGAAAAUUUAAAUUUAAAGAAUCCAAAAGUGGAACGGUUGAAAAAGUUGGGCAAUGCAAAACGUGCUAGUCUCGCGGAUUAUUUAGAAAGAAGUCAUCGGAAUGAUGAAAAGACAACAGUAUCUGAGAAUAUGCUCUCUGCAUUAACCGAUCGAUUUGCCGCUCUAAAAAGCGCAAAACUUGAAGUACCUGAGCUAUACAAGCAGUUUACGGAACUGCAAAAGGAUAUCCAAAAAGGUUUAACAAUUCAAAAGGAAUCGAUAACUCUAAAUGAAGAAAUAAUGUUGAUAACGCUUAGUAGUUCAGCGUCUAGUCGUGAUCGAAUCUUCCAGAAGUUAAAAAAUCGGAUGCAAUUAACUGUUGCUGGUUGGAGUACCUUAGAAGAUGAUAUCGAUGAAAGUAUAGCAUUACUGGAAAAGGAAAUUAAACGACUUCAGCAAAGUGCAAUACGAGAGUUUCAACGAAAUUUAGAUAAGCUUCGAGGUGCUAUUGAUGCCAGUCGUGAUGCAACAGAUGCCGAAGAAUUCAGCGAACAUUUAUAUAAUUUGGAACAUUUAUAUGAAACAAUGGAAACAGCUGACAAAGAAUUAGAAAAUUUGUCGGGAAUAAAUGAACGGAUAGGAAGAGAUCUUAAUAACAUACGUGAACAACGGCAUGAUGUAUUAGUGCAAGCAAAAGAACGUAUCGAAGAGCUUGAGGCAGCCAUUCAUAAUUGCGAGCAAUUCGAUAGUUCGUUAACUGAAUGUCAGGCCUGGUGUAAUCAUGUACAAUUGAUAUUAUCAUGUCGAGCUGCAAAUGAUGUUUCUGCCUUUGAUGUACCACAUGAAUAUAAGCAACUUCAAAAAGAAUUUGAUGAUUUCGAAUAUUGCAUCCGAGAUCUCCGGGAAUUCGUUAUCAAAAAUACCAGUGAUUGGGGCACUCCAAAUCGUUUACAAUUACAAUUGGAUCAUAUUACUAAUCAAUUCGAAGAUUUGUUGGCACGAUUUGUUGAAUUCAAACAACCAGUUGGUUUGGAAGAACAAGCGGAAAGAUUAUCACGAGAAAUAUCGGAUAUGGAAAAUAGUGUUGAUGAAUUAACGGGUGUACAAGCGGAAAGCUGUAAACAAGCUUUGGAUCAUACUAAUGAAAUUACUAGACGGCUUGCUAUGGCAAGAACGCAUUUGAAAGAAUUAACUGAAUCCGGAAAAAUGUUUACAAAAGAACAGAUUUUGACGCCAACUGCUGCACAGAUCUUGAACCAGAAAGUUAGCAAAUUGGAUGAGAAGCUAAAAAAUUUAAGCACAAGGAAUAGUGAUAUGGCAGAACGCAUGCAAAAUUGUAUAGCAUCAUUAGAUGCUUUAAAUAACGAUAUGAAAAAAUUGGAUGCAGUAUUCGAGAGUGUAGAAUCGAGACUGAGUGCUUUUGUCCAAUCAGAAAACAUAGAAACAGUUGAUGCCGAUCGAUCAACUUUGGAAGAGUUAUUGGAAGAUCUCAAUAAUGGUGCGUUAUUGUUGUCGAAGGGUGAAAAUGUCAUGCAACGAUUAGCAAUGGAUUCAUUUAAAGUUGAUGAAAGUAUAAUAGAACAGCGAAAACGUCGAGUUGUACGCUUGCAAGGCGAUUUGCGAUCAUGGAUUGAUGCUAUUAAGUGUGUUAGUGAGGAUACGACGGCACUAUUGCAAAAAUUCGAAACUUUGUAUAAUCAAUUAAAAGAAUCAUUGACAGAAAUGGAACAAAUUGAAAAUGUUGAUAUGUUAUUGGCUGAACUAGAUAGAUGCAGAUCAGACAAAAAUCUUUUCAUCGAACGGUAUCGUCGAUUGCUGAGAUCAGAUCCGGAAACGGAAACAAAAUUUUCAGUGGCCCUUUCGGAAAUCGAAAAGCGUUGGAAUGAGAUGGAGAAAAAGUGUCAGAAAACACGGAGCAGUUCACCUUCCCGUCCAGCACUACCGCAACUACGUCAUGAUACAGUUGGAGAAAGUUUUCGUGAUCAAAUCAGUUUACUACAUUAUUUAUACAAAACUGCUAAUGAUUAUUUGGAUUUUGAGCGCUUUCCGGUUUCUUCCGUUAGUGAAUGGUCGAAACGUGUUCAGGAUGUUGAUGAGUGGCUUGUUGAUUACACGGAGAAAUUGAAAGGAACGGUCGAAGAGGGCCGUCGUAUGGCAAGUAGCGGUCGUAUGGAACUUGAUGUUCACGAUGCCUUAGGUAGUCUGGAUGGGGUAGUUAAUUUAUCAAAUCAGGUAGAAGGAGCUUUAAAAGAAAACAAAACUAAUUUGAUUCCUGUACAAGCUAAAGCUGAAACUCUAGAGAGAGACAUCAGCGCAAUGUGUGAUAUACUGGACAAUCUUUUAUCUCGCGAUCUAUCGGAAUCAACAAUUGCCAAUGCUACUCAACGUGAUUUACUAGAUCGACAAACUCAACUGAAUUAUAUGCAGCGAAGAAGUGAUGAUCUUCACAGUUGUCUGCCUGGAACAUCAAUAAAUCAACCUAAUACAACAAUGGAUCAAAUUCAUGACAAAAUUCGUGAUUUGGAAGAGAAAAUAGAUGCAGCAAUCAAGAAAAGCAGAGAGAAUCUAAUCGUGCAAACAGAUAAAUCAUCCGAAAUAAUACAAUUGGAGGAGCAAAAGGAAUCGGAUGUUAUCUCCACUACAAGUACCUCACUUACGCUUGAAGUGCAGGAGGCUGAAGAUGACCAAUCGCAUUCGGAAUCGAAGAAAGAAUCAAAUAAUUCUGAACCUUUGGUAAUGGCAAUGAAAAUUAACGUAACGGAAGCAUCUGAAUCACUUACGUCUUUAUACAUCGAAAUGGAUGAAAUUGAGAAGGAGUUAAAUCGAAGUGACCCAUUGCCUUUCAAAGAUUUAUAUCAAAAGAAGCAAAAACUAGAGGUCAGUAACAUAAGGAAACAUUCUGGUCAUUAA